ACGGAGUGUCACUGGGACCGGCGCCACCUUCAGGCCCUGAGGGGGAUCCGCCUGGUGCUGUGAUGGUGUCCUACCGGGGGGGGCUGGUUGUCAUCUGUCCCACCACCUCCACUGGACCGAGCUGGCCCUCCUCACGGGGACAAGUAAAUCAAGUUAUGAUAUCUGACCGAAGAUGAUCAUGCUAACAGAUGCUAACAGAGGAACCAUGUGCCUCGGUGCUCGGUUCCGACCCGGACCGGACUGCAGACACACCGUUGCUAUUGGAAACAGCAGCAGCUUCAGAUGCUAACGAUGCUAACGAUGCUAACGGUCGCUCGGGUGUCACCGUUUGUGUUCUGACGUUUUAACGGUUCGACGGUGACGUCUCCACCGCAUCAAUUUAGUAAAGGCUUCGGCUAACAGGAGCUAGCAGGAGCUAACAGUAGGAUUAGCUCGUGGAUUAGCCGUUAGCUUACAGCAGAAUGGACGCAAGCUACAGGUGCUAACAGCCGUUAGCUUCUCUCUAAGCCUGAAGUUAACCUGGACUAAGAUAACCCAGAAUACAUUAACCUGGACUAAGAUAACCCAGAAUACAUUAACCUGGACUAAGAUAACCCAGAAUACAUUAACCUGGGCAAAGCUAACAGGGCCUAUAAUAACCCGGAGUAAACACCCUGAGUGUGGAGACACUGGCCCUGGUCACAGGCUGUCUGAAGGUGGACCUUUGAUCUGUCAAGGUCAAAGGUCAGUCAACUGAUGAACGGCAGCUGUCUGAAUCCAGUUUGACCUCUGACCUGCUGCUGGAUCAUGACUCAGGUAGAUCUUGAUCUGAACUGGAACCAGCAGACGCCAUCAUGUCGGCCUUGGAUCCUCCAGCUGCAGGUGAACCUGGUCCCGACUCCUCCGCUUCUCCUGGUUCUCCUGGGCGGCCCCUCCUGGCGGAGAAGGCCCUGUCGGACUCGUUCUGUCGGCUGAGGUACCGGGACACGUCCCUGAUGAUCUGGCAGCAGCAGCAGCAGGAGAUGGCGCCUCCCUCCACCUACCUGAGCCGCAGCCAGUCCACCAUGUACAGCAGCUAUGGGAACCAGGCUGUGCUGGUCCGGGACAAGCGGGUCCUGGAGGACGGCGAGGGACGCUCCAGGAUCUGCAGCCUCAUGUAGCAGGACACUGACUCAACUCAUCAAUUCUAUUUGACACAUUCUUUCUUCAGGAACUCUUUGAACGUCUGGAACACGUUUAAACUUUUGGUUGAAUAAGUUCCAGUUUCUACUCGUGAUAUUUGAGAAGUCAGGACGUUUAAGAUGAACUUUGAUCUGAUGUCCAAUAAUCAGUCAGCUGACACAGGCUCCGCCCACGUGAGCACAUGCGUAUAUACGAAUAUUCAUGUGUUGUGUUAACUCUGACCUCAUCAGUAAAAUACACAUUUCACUGUGUGUAUUUGAAUAGUAGGUGUGUAUGAAUGAGAGUGGACUGGGUCAGUUUAUACGUUUAUUUAUGAAAACAAAUGAACUCAGAAAAUAAGGAUCAUAUCAGUAAUUACAUCAAAUUAUUCACGUGUUGUUUUCGUCCUCUCUCUCUGGGCGAUCUAAACGUCGGACAGGAACUAUACAGCUACUAUACAGUGCUCAAACAUACGGAAGAAGGAACGUACGGCCGGAGUGCAUGCAAAUACAUAAAAUCACUUUUUUCCUUUUUCUUAUUAAAAUACAAAAAUUAACUAUAACAACCGAAGCUCGACCAUCAACUAAAUGAACCAGAGGAGGUUACUGCGGCAACGAGCUGUCUGUCACUGCGUCUGUGAUCCGUCGUUAAGCUUGAUCGUGAUUCGUCUGUAAAAUGUCCAAAAUAAAACUUUGUUCUUGAAACGAGGAGAAGGAAAACUACGAUUAGUUUACGUUUAGUUUUGACUCGUCUGAAACUUAGUAGUUAUUUCCCCUAGCAAACUAUCGUCAUAACAACCUCGCAGCGCCACACAGAGGAGCUGCGUAUGGAUCAUAAGACUCCACGUUAGCAGAGGGGACAUGAAACCGAAGAAGUUCAAUAAAUGUCUGAAGAUGCGUCUGUGGUUUCAGCUCGUUCUUCUCUCUCUGAUGUUUGUUCAAGUCUUUCUGAUCCGUUUGGUUUCAUGAACUUUUGAUGAUAUAAACACAGGUUGGACGUCA